CGCAAAUACGGUUUUCUUAAUUAUUUGGUUCGUUUUUCAUGGUCAUGGGAGCCUAAUCGCAGCUCGCAGCCUCAACUGACAACCUUGUUGCCAAGUAGUACAACUUGUGCAUUUUGGUCUUUAACUCUCAACUCGCCCUCAGGGUCUAAGCCUCUGAGGAGCCGCAAUGAUGUUCUCAUUUCAAACAAUCGUGCUCUUCAUUUUGUUUAUCUCUUUUAUGGUCUUUGUAGCCUUUUUUGGGAGAUUGCCUGCUUUGAGACGUACUCCUAUUGCCAAGCUGCACAAGUUAAUAUGGGUUCAAAUUCCCAAGGCGGUGCUGGCUAUGGACCAGGCUCUCACUGGUGGAAGGAUAUCGAGAUAUCUAACGAGGUUUGGUAACUCCAUGAUGUAUGACCGACACUGGACCGUUGUGGGAUUCUUUCUCGCAAUCCUAGUUGUCUCUGAGUUUAUGUAUCUCCCACAUAUGUGGCCAAGGAUCGGCGCUUUCACCAAGCUCACCGUCGUCAUCACCGUCACCAUGCCAUACACGUUCCUCUACCUCGCCUGCGCGAGCGACCCGGGCUACAUCACGCCCGAGAAUGUCAACUAUCACCUUUCCCUCUACCCGUACGACCAUACGCUCUUCUCCCCGGGUCGCGAGUGCAAGACCUGCCACCUACUCAAACCUGCACGCUCCAAGCACUGCAGCAUCUGCAAGCGCUGUGUUGCUAAGUCCGACCACCACUGCAUCUUCAUCAACUCCUGCGUCGGCUACGGCAACCAGCACUGGUUCCUACUCCUGCUCGCCUCCACGGCCAUCUUGUGCACCUAUGGUGGCCUGCUAGGCCUGUCACACCUCACGGCACGCAUCUACCAGAAGGCACCGACGUGGUCAAUGUGGCCGCCCAAGGGCAUGAGCAUGAACCAGUAUAUGGGUGCCUGGGGCUGGGGCAUCCAGGAUAACGUCAACAUAGGCGCCACGACGCUGCUCGCACUGCUUACCUGCCCGCUCGUCUGGGGUCUCUUCAUCUACACGCUCUACCUCGUGUACUGCGGCACCACAACCAACGAGACCCUCAAGUGGUCCGAGUGGAAAGAGGACAUGCAGGACGGCUACGCGUUCCGCCGCCCGAUGGCCCCCAACUCGCCUAAGAAUAAGAUGGUCGAGCCAACGUGCACGCGGUGGCCGGUCGAGACGGAGCAGGUCCUUGUCACCACGAUGGAUGGUGAGCCGCCCCGACAAGACGGCCGCAUACCGGGAGAAGGCCCGUGGGAGAAGGUGUGGAGUCUGAACCACGUUGAGAACUUGUACGACUUGGGAUUUUGGGACAACCUUCUUGAUGUCUUUGUGCCCAACUACAACUUCGGCAACAGGGGAGACGAGCUCAUUGUGGAACGGAGACGUCGCACUCAGUAGCAGUAA